AUUUUCACUGUUUUGACAGCUAGCAAUUCCGUCGCAGCUAAAAAUCGCGUUUUUUCUCCGUGAUGUGUUGUUAAAUUUUCGGAAGGUUUUCUCGUAAAUUUGAUCGCAAUUUGCCAGCCAAUCCAAAAUGUAUUUGUUAUAAAAGUAAGAAGCUUCAUAAAUAAGCCCCUGAGCGAAGAACAUUCUGCACGACUAAUCAACAAACUCACCAACAACAACAACAACAAGGUGUCUCCGUAAACAAACGGUCUUCCGGGUUUCUUUUUUCGCAACAAAUGGCCUACGAUUUGCACCAGCUGAUGCCGGUUCUGUAUUCUGGUGAUUGCCAGCAAAUCAACCUUUCGUCGACCGUUAUCCGGUAUACCGACCGUGAACUAGGCAGCAACUAUUGACGCGACUGUCUCGGUUAAAGUGUGCAAGGAAACUUUGAGCGGAACACAUUUCGGGCUUUGGAGCACGAAACCUGGUCACGUUUCCCUAAACAGCGGAAUAGAAUCCAAUAUCAACUAAAAUGGACUCGAACGCGGGUGACCCCGGCAAGGAAGACGAUGACGAGAGUUCCUCCAGCUCCACCCUGAGCCAGACGAAUGUCGGUGGGGAACCCUCGUCGGAACCCAGCAUUGAAACAGCUCUGGAAGAAUUUCGUGAAAAAUGGCAGCAGGAGCUUAAAAAAGAUCAACCUUCUACGGAAGCCGUCCCAAAGGCAAAGACCAAAGCUAAGCCCCUUGACGAGAGGAUUGGGAUCGAGCAAAAAAAUCUGUCCAUAGAACAGCAAGCACGAGCCCUAUUUCUUCAGGGUUCGGAACUGGAACGUGUCGGUAAGGUUUUCGAGGCCAUGCGUCUCUAUCGGAGGGCCGUACAGUUGGUACCGGAUAUAGAGUUCAAGGUGUACGAUAAGAAAGUUCCCCGACAACUGCCGCACCAAUCCAUCUCAAAAAGCGACGACGUGGAUCAGUUGACGAGCAGCUUGAUGGAAGCAAAUCUGGAGGAAGAUGAAAAUUUGGAAAACGUCGAUAUGGUGCUUCGGUUCCAAACCCUGCUGGCUAAGUCGGGGAAACUUUUCGAGAGCACAACCGCCGGAGACAGGGGGCUCUUGGUUACCUCGUUACACUUCUCUGAUCUUCCGAUGGAAGUUAUCCUGUACAUUUUACGUUGGGCAGUUUCAAGCGAGCUGGAUCUUAAAACGUUGGAAAGGUUUGCUCGGGUUUGUAGAGGAUUCUACCUUCUGGCUCGGGAUCCGGAAAUAUGGAAGAAGGCCUGCAUCCGAGUUUGGGGCAUCAAUGUUGGAAACUUGAAGGGCUCUCCCUUUCCAAGUUGGCGUGAGAUGUACAUCAAUCGACCGCGUGUCCAUUUCCACGGGUGUUACAUCAGCCGUACCAGCUAUCUACGUUAUGGGGAAAAUAGCUUCCAGGAUCAGUUCUACAGACCGGUCCAGUUGGUGGAGUACUUUCGGUUCUUCCGUUUCUUCGCCGACGGUACCGUGUUAAUGCUGACCAGUGCCGAAGACCCGCAAAACUGCGUCAGCAAACUGAAACCCAAAUGGCCUACGCACCAUGAAAUUUUACGGGGUCACUAUCGGCUGUUGAACAACGAGCUAAUCAUUGCGAUCCAAAGGAAUCGAUCCAACGUUCAAUCGCAGCGUCCGGGACGAAAGAAGGAAAUCGAAACCGAUUACGGGCUACAAACGUUCUACCUGGAGCUUACGAUUGUGAGCACCGCCAAGCGGGCAUUCUCACAACUGCAUUGGAAACAAUAUUCGAUGGUACAGAUACGCAACAACCAGGAGAAAACCACCGUCUUCGAGCUGGUACCGAACAAGUAUCCACCGUUUUACUUUUCGCGCGUCAAGAGCUACCACCAGGAAUCGGAUGGACCCCUCAAGUAGAGUGGAAUGGGACAGAAUUGGCACUUUCUGUGCAACAGCAACUCUUACAAAUCCUAAAAGUCUAUCACACACAGUUGCUCUAGUAGUCUUUGUUUUUAUGUUUAUUUUUAAAUGUUUAUUGCAAUGUUGCAAAUAAAACGAUAACAAUGGUGUUUUGAAAUCAUAAUAAUCACACAAAAACGCUGGAGCGCGUACUUAUUUUUAAGAAAACUUCCUAGUUUGAGGAGUUUGAUAUUAUCUGUUUUAUAGAAACUAAUAUAAUAAAUGUUCCUCACAAUACUUUGUCUGUACG